GAGAGAGGGAGAGGUUGCGCCGUGUGUCAUGAACAUUUUGAGGAGCUUCUGGAAAAUGCAAGAAGGGGGGAAAAAUCUUUUUCAAAAUAAUGAUGAAGGGAAGACGCUCACGGUGAGCCUUUGCAGUUGAUUUGCAAUGCUCAGUGCGUUUUGCUGCGUUCCAUUCUGUGCGAGACGAAGAAGCGGGAGAGUCGCGCACGGCUUGCACAGCUGCUGCCGGCAUGUUCGCCGCUGCGCACACUGAAGAAGGUAAUUCCAACAAAAUACAUUUGUGGGAUCUGAUGUAGCUUCCGUCUGUCGUCUCCUCUUUUUUUCUCCCCCCUUCCAUCAAACCGACGGUGCGCGGAGAUGCUGCACGCAUGACGAUGAUGCACUGAAUUUUUGAUGUUAAGCCCGUGUUUUGCCACCUUGCGACAAAAAAAAGAAUACGGGAGGAAAAUGCUCUGUUUCGACGCCAAGUGUCAGGAUGUGUGUGUCAUUAUUGCGGCACGCCGGAGAGCUCUCCGGCUCAAGGCGAGAACAACUCACUUCAGCUGAAGAGGAGACAUAAGCCCGAGGAGCCUGUGUAUUCAUAUGCGUGAGCCCCUCUACUGAGGUCUCCCAAAAGACCCCCCUAAAGCUGCAAGCAAGCUUUCCGUUUUUUUUUUUUCUCCAAACGUUGACUGCAGUCCUGAUGCAUCUUGUGAAAAGUCAGAGAGCCUUCUGCCAGGUUUGCAUCAGCAGACGGGAGACAGAGCAGACAGCGGCUCUGCAUGUGUCAUGUUAGAGGCUGGACACUUGUCUGCACCCCCUCCCCCUGGAACUCUCAGAGAAAAUCUUUAACCUGGGCUCACCGGUGAGAGACCCCCUCAGGUGGAGCAACAACAAGCAAGCUCUACUAAUUCAAUUGGACAUUUGUCAAGUAAAAGGUUCGACUCCCAAAGUCAUCCCCCGGAAAACAGGGUCAGGAUGCAGGUGUCUUUCGCCUGCACCGAGCACAACCUCAAGAGUCGCAGCGAGGACCGACUUUGUGGCCUUCGCACCGCUCCGCCCCCGGGAGGCAGCAGCGGAGGAGUAGGAGGAGGUGGCGGCGGAGGAGGUGGCGGCGGUGGAGGUGGUAGUGGCGGAGGAGCAGGUGGAGGAGGUGGUGGAGGGAGUGGACAAGAACGCAAUGGCAACUACACCUCCCAAGGGUCGGUCAAGACCAGGGAGGGCCCAGGGUCACGCCAGACGCCUCAGGGCCACGCGCACAUGAAGGAGGCCAUUGGGCGCCACACUAGUAUGAAGUACAGGAACCUCGGGAAGUCCGGCCUACGUGUUUCCUGCCUCGGCUUAGGCACAUGGGUGACGUUUGGAUCGCAAAUAUCUGAUGUGAUGGCAGAGAACCUGAUGACCUUAGCGUAUGAGAACGGGGUCAACCUAUUUGACACCGCAGAGGUUUACGCUUCUGGAAGAGCAGAGAUCACGCUGGGAAACAUUAUCAAGAAGAAAGGAUGGAGACGCUCAAGUUUCGUCAUUACGACAAAGAUCUACUGGGGAGGCCAAGCAGAAACAGAGAGAGGGCUCUCCAGAAAGCACAUCAUUGAAGGUUUAAGAGGAAGUUUAUCAAGACUCCAACUCGAUUAUGUGGACAUUGUUUUUGCCAACAGAAAUGAUGUCAACAGUCCAAUGGAAGAGAUUGUGCGGGCUAUGACGUUUGUCAUAAAUCAGGGCAUGGCCAUGUACUGGGGCACCUCACGCUGGAGCGCCAUGGAAAUCAUGGAGGCCUACUCGGUGGCCCGCCAGUUCAACUUGAUCCCGCCAGUGUGCGAGCAGGCAGAGUACCACUACUUCCAGAGAGAUAAAGUGGAGGUGCAGUUGCCUGAGCUCUACCACAAGAUCGGGGUCGGAGCAAUGACUUGGUCACCGCUGGCGUGUGGAUUAAUCACUGGAAAGUACAGCGAUGGGGUACCAGAGUGCUCCAGAGCAGCAAUGAAGGGGUACCAGUGGCUAAGGGAGCGGGUGAACAGUGAAGAGGGGCGCAGGCAGCUGGCCAAAAUCAAGGAGCUCCACCUACUGGCAGACAGGCUGGGAUGCACGGCUGCACAGUUGGCCAUCGCGUGGUGUCUUCGCAGUGAAGGAGUCAGCUCAGUGCUUCUGGGUGUUUCAAACACAGACCAGCUAUUGGAGAACCUGGGCGCACUGCGGAUUUUAUCCCAGAUGACUCCCCAAACAGUCACAGAGAUGGACGCCGUGCUGGGAAACAAGCCUCACUCAAAGAAAGAGUCUCGCGCUUGAACUUCCUCUAUCUGAGGAAAAGCAAGAAGAACCACCAAGAAGACAAAAAGACUUUGCUUUUUCUCUGCCGUGUACUCAACAACUUGCAUGUCCUCAGCAACAUUAUGCUUCCAGAAUGAGCGCAGAAACCAUUGUGCGCAAUACAUUGUAUUAUGUAUGGAAACAAAAAAAAAAUCUUGCAGUUGUUAAUCAGAACAAAAACAGGUCAUAUUAGUACUCACUGACUGG